UGACACGUACGCAUCGUGCUGGAACACAAGUUGUAAACAGCAGAUGUCCAACAUGAAGAGGGCAGUGGGUGUGGGAGUACCCUUGAUGCUGAUCUUGGCCGUCUCCGCGUACCUCAUCCUGACUGCGUCAAAGAAGGACCCAUUGUCUGAACCCGGACACCGCGUCAUCAAAAGGUCCCUACCAUUGCAUUCUGAACUCGAAGAUGCCCUUAAAGCAGCAGCUGCUGAAGACGCCCCUGCUUACGUCAAGGACAAACGCUUCCUCCCGGCCAUUGCGAAUCUUGCUGGGAACCUUUUAUCAUCAGGAGGGAGCUUCGAUGCAGGAAAACUGACCGACACAAUAAAACAACUGGGCGGUAUGGAGAACAUGGGACCGGACAUCCUGGCGCAAAGUGUGCAACAGGAGGCUGAGGUCACGGCAGAAGUGGAAAAAGAGGUGGCAGAGGACACGGUUGAUAAGAUAUUUGGAAAAGCUGAACUUGAAAAGAAAGAAGAUGACGGAGCCGGUGAUGAUGACGACGGUGGUGGCGGCCAGGAACAUGAGAUAAAGGCUGAAGUGGACUUCGUUGCACAGAAAGGCAUGGUGGAGGAUGACAUGUUCGCUCCACCAGGGAUGCAGAUGAAAAUAGACGUGGAGGAAGACCCGAGGACGGACAGCGAACCCGAUGAAAGCUCCCAACCAAAGGCGUUCUCUUACCCCAUGGGAAUGGGUCCUGCUCUGAUGAACGGAUGUUUCGGAACAGGAUACAAAAAGGGCGAUCCCUGCUGGAAUAAGAAGGCUUUCAGCCCAGUCUGCGAGAACAUGAUGGAGGGGUGUGCCUACAUCGGGGUCGGCUUUGAUGGUCGCGGAGACUACAGCAGCACGUCCAGAAGGAAAACAGUCGUGCAGCGGAACUGUAAAAACAAGGGCUCGUACCGCAAUGAGGACGUUCCUGACACCAUGAACGUUCAUGGCAUCUUUGACACGGACGUGGGGUCCUACGUCUAUGAGUCCAGACAGGCGUAUCGUCACUCCCUUCAGAUGAAAGCCGGAGUGUCAUUUUCCGGAUUUGGCUUCCAGGCUGCCGUUGAGUCAGCAUAUGGGAAGGAGUCAUCAUCACAGAAGCAGUCCUUCAUGUCUCUUAUUCAGUGUGACGUGAUCAGGUAUGAAAUCUUCCUGGAUGAGAUCACGCCGGACACCCUGAGUCUGCCCUUCCUGCGGGACUUUUUGGCUCUUCCGAAAAAUUUCAUCGAGGGGAAGGCAAAGCUUCAACGGUUCAUCAUCCGCUAUGGAACCCAUUUCAUCAAGUCAGCAAAGUUUGGCGGUUCCUUCAGGCUGUUUAAGACACAAGAAGCCUCCAAGAGUGAAAGCAUGGAGGAUUUCUCCAUCCAGGCCCAGGCUUCUUAUAAUUCUCUUUUCUUCAACGCCGGUGGUCACUUUGGAAUGGGAAUGUCUAGUGGAUCCUCGCAGUCUUCCAAGACUUCCAACACACACGUGACAGUAGAAGGAGGCGACCAGGAAGUUGCCUCCAUCGUAGCUGACUUCUACUCCACCGGCUUCAAAGACACCUUCACCGAGUGGCUGAAGUCCAUCCCUACAUACCCCAAACCCAUCGAGAUGUUCAUGGGCACCAUGUCGGAGCUGUUGGACAUGAACUACAAACUUCUCUUUCCCUUUGACAUCAGUGAUGUUGCAGACGGCUGCUUCAGUGAAAACCUGAAGACCGAAGACAUCACAGGAAGAAAGUACUAUGAGGUGCAGAAGCUGGUAAACAACAGCAGCGGAGUGAUGGAAUCUGCCACUGAGAAACGAUAUUGUGACUUCACGUCAGUGGACAAGUUUCAAGACGGACUGGACAAGAAACGGCUCGCAUUGGAAAGGGCAAUAGUUAUGUACAUGGAAGAGGGACCAGUGCCCACAACUGAUUUCCGCCUAACGGGGGGCAAACCUGGAUGUACGACUGAAGACUUGGGCGUGAAGGGGGGAAGUUCCGGAACUACCUACCCAAAAUGGAUCGAACUCAUCAAUGGUGACACUUAUAAGAUCAUAUUUGAUAUUCCUGAAGACAUCAACUACGAAAUUACGAAGAACACAGAGGCCUUCCUAGUUUAUGCCAGGGGAAAAUGGAAUUGUCACACUGCCGGAUCACCAAUGCACAUGUACAACAGCCGUAACAAUGGCGGGAGUGGCGAUACCAACAACAAGAAGGUCUCCUGCUUUGGUUUUGUGAUGACAUACGAUGAAGCAUCCGGAACGUUUGAUGUCACACCUCAAGACCAAGAUGCAUCCAAACAGGUUUUGGGGAACUUGCCACGCAACUACGCAAACUUGGAUGUUGCCAGAGCUGAGUAUGUCAGCCCGUUAGAGCACUCCCAGGCAAAGGGGGGCCGUUCUUUAGCCGCUAUACUCGAGGCGCCCUGCACGGUGAAGUGGUCCAAUUCUUACCAAAUCAAGCCCGCGGAGGAGGGAGGAAAGUGUCUGUACUUCGUUGCGGCGUCUUCAGGCGACAUUUUUGUGGUGUUCUCCGCCAUUCCGAGGGAUAAGACCACCUGGUACCAUCUCCAGAUCAGUUACCAGGGUGUUGCGCUCUACAAGGGAAUGAAGCUGGUGAAAUACGAGGGAGCGAAGAAUGCCCGAAGUCUCGGUGACUCCAAACUGUUCCAGCCGUACUUCAUUUGCCUGGAGGAAGACAGUGCAAACCAGCGAACCUACAUCAAGUAUGGCAUCGGCUCUGACACUUCCGAGAAAGGACUAGUCUACAUGGUCUACAAUGAUGUGGGUCCACCAUUGGGUAUCCGUUUCUACUCCUUUGGAAGCGGGGAAAAGGACGUAGAGAUCAUGGACGCCCGAAUCAUCGAGGGAGGGGCACAGGGAGAGAUGGAAUGUACGGGAGGAACUAUCAUGAAGGAUGGGAAGUGUGUGGAAGACUGUCACCCCGAGUGUAACGGAUGUAUCCCCAUGUCCCCUGGAUCGAAGCUCGACACGGAAUGCCGCAGUUGUAAGCACUUUUCUUUUGAAAAGGGCGGUGGAGUUAUCCAGUGCGUCGCAGAAUGCCCAGCCGGUACCGAACCAGCCUCCGACGGCAAGACAUGCGCAUGUAGUGACUUUGUCUUCCAAAACGAUGACGGAAGUUCCCGAUGCGUCACGGCAUGCGGAACCGGUUUCGUACCGGGCUCCGAUGGCAAGACUUGCGUUGCGGCAAUUAAGUGGAGAAAUGACUUUCGGUGUGGAAGGCAGUUUCCAGCCCCAGGAGCGAGCCCUGGGCGGUGUAACCCUAAGUCAAAUGCGCCCUGUUGUUCGAAUCAAGAGGGCGGACGGUGCGGGGCCUUGCCAGGUCACUGUGGAUGCAGUAAAUGUUUUGACUUUCGCAAAGGGGUCAAUGUCGCGUUGCUGAAGCCAGCUUACCAAAGCAGCGGGGAAGCUCCUGCCAGCCGUGCCGUAGAUGGCGACACCAACAGUGACUUUGGCGGUAACUCCUGCACCCACUCUAGAGCAGAAAACAGCCCCACCUGGUAUGUGGACCUUGGUGAAACGUCCAAGGUUACAAGUGUUGUCAUCUACAACCGCGAUGACUGCUGUGGAGAUCGACUCAACCCCUUCAACAUCCACAUCGGGGACUUCCGCACGGUCACCGACAACCCCAAGUGUGGUGGGGAUCAGCGAAUCGACCUGAGCAAGCCGUCCAUUUCCGUCUCAUGUCCGGGAAUGCGGGGGCGCUAUGUGGGCAUCCGUCUUCCCGGAGCCAACCGUAUACUGUCCCUGUGUGAAGUCCAAGUAUUUGCACGAAUCUGUCCGGAAGGCAACCGAAUCGUACUGCCCAGUGGUAAGACGUACACCGUCCCUGAAAGUAGCUCAGCGUAUGAGGGCGCACAGGAAGAAUGCAGACGACAAGGCGGCAUCGUUGCGAUUCCAAGGGACAAAGAGGAACAACGGAACCUGGUGUUCCUAAAGAACUGCGUCAGCAGGGACGAUCAGUUUUGGCUUGGUAUGAAGAAGACAGCGGGUGUCUGGAGAGACGGCAGGGGCACCGCACUGGGCAGUUUUACGAGCUGGGCGUCCGGGGAGCCGAACAACAGAUACAACUGUGCGCACAUCGUCUUCGGGGAUAAAGAGGGGGAACGACGAGACAAGUGGGCAGGCGCAACCUGCCUCCUACGAUUCCGCUACGUCUGCGAGAUACAGGAUGGCUAGAGGCCACUGCGGAGGCAAGCCCAGUCACGGACCUACACCCUGUUGUACCGGCGGCGGUUGGUGAACAACACGGCGGGUCCCUUCAUCUGCUGAAAGAAUUACAGAAAGUCAUAAAUCAUCGAAUUUCUCUCAUGGAAUUGUCAUCAUUUAUGUAUAUCAAGCAAUAACCCCUGUGUACCGGCCUGCAGUCUGUCCUUGCACUGUAUUUGUCAGCCAUCAGCCAAUCAGUUACCAACCAAUCACGUCACCGCUUACAGUAAAGAAGUGUCGUGAUUGGCUAUUUUUGUAACCAACAGAAGAAAAAGUAUAUGACUGGUCGCAUGCAAGGCUAGGGUUAUAGCUUGAUAUAUAGAAAUGAGUGGCCUAGCAUAAGAGGAUUUGAAAGUCAUUAAUGUUUCCUUUUUUUUUAUUACUUUUUAUCUUUUAUGCUGAUGCUGGUGUCUAGAAUGCUGUCGUUCGAUGAUUAUCACGGCUUUACAUAAACGGGUUUGAUUAUGAAUUAGAGUUUGUCUACAUUAAUGGUGAUUUGAUAGACUUAUGUUCGUAGGUUUGUUCUUAUUUGUUUAGUUAUAAUUUUGUUUGACAUUCAAGGCUCAGUCAGAAAAUAAUGCCAUAUUAGGUGCAUUUUUAAUAAAAUGUGUUGAAAUUUGGCACACAUGUAAAAGAACAUACCUCCUCGUUUAUUGAGACUGUUAAAUUUAUUAAUUUGUUGUCCGGAUUUUUAUGAGCGAAUGGGCUGAUUUCAAGAUGCAUGUAGACGCCCUUACUUGCUGACUUACUUCGUGUCAUUUGAUAAUAAUAUGAUGUUAAUGAUUGCAAGAUCUGGUCUACAUCAAUGAAAAGUUUAUAGAUUGUAAGGUUUGUAUAGCCUCUAUCAGGCUCCGUGGUAAAAUAUGAUAAAUAUAUUCACCCUGUCAUGUAAUAACAACUACUUCUGUCGCCUUACAUGUUUGUCCGUUUUGUAUUGUUGACACUAGGUGUAUUUCCGGCGGUGGCGUUUUAUGAAUUUUUCGUGUUGUAUUUCUGAUAUUUGUUUCCACAAUAAAGUACAAUAAUAAGCGUUGUCCUGAA